AUAAAAGGUCACUUAAUAUGGGACAGAGAGUAUAUAAUUUUGAAGAUAUUGUAAGGGUUGUAUCACCACCGCCCACCGGAGACCUGAUCCGAUAAGGAAGCAGGUUAUUCAGCGCUGGCGUUGUAUUCCAAUAAGGAAGAUAAACCCCGGCCCGUAGCGCAACAGCUAGCAGAUCUUAACUAAUUCCAUAUAUACGGGGCCGGCCUCCUCGUGGAAACGAGAACACUCGUAGCACCCGGCCCGAGAGACGAGAGCCCAUGGCGCCGCCAUCCGCCGCCGCCGCCUCUUCGGCCAGUCACGAAGGCGAUUCGGUGGAAUCUGGCAACCUCCUCCGCCGCCGCAACGCCAGAAGCAAUGCCGACGCCGCCGAGGAGCAGGAGGAGGCGUCGGUGGAGCGCGCGUUCGCCGACAAGCCCGUGCCGACGUGGCGGGAGCAGCUGACGGUGCGCGCCUUCGUGGUGGGAUUCCUCGUCUCCAUCAUGUUCAGCGUCAUCGUCAUGAAGCUCAGCCUCACCACCGGCAUCAUCCCCUCGCUCAACGUCUCCGCCAGCCUCCUCGGCUUCUUCCUCGUCCGCCUCUGGACGUCGACCAUCGAGAAGAUGGGGCUCCUCAAGCAGCCCAUCACACGCCAGGAGAACACAGUCAUCCAGACCUGCGUCGUCUCUGCCUACGGCAUCGCCUUCACCGGUGGGUUUGGCAGUUUCCUGUUUGGUAUGAGCGGGAACAUCGCUAAGCAAGCAACAGAGGCCAACGAUGCUCUGAAUAUCAAGAAUCCCGAGCUCGGAUGGAUUAUGGGGUUUCUGUUCCUCGUCAGUUUCGUUGGGCUUUUUGCUCUGGUGCCCAUGAGAAAGACUAUGAUUGUGGACUACAAGCUGACAUACCCGAGUGGCACCGCGACUGCUUACCUUAUCAAUGGAUUCCACACACCGCAGGGUGCUGAGCUUGCAAAGAAGCAAGUUUGGACAUUGGGCAAGUUCUUCUCGUUUAGCUUCGUUUGGGCCUUCUUCCAGUGGUUCUACACUGCUGGGGAUAACUGCGGAUUCAGUUCCUUCCCAACACUUGGCCUUGAAGCUUUCAAGAACAGGUUCUAUUUUGAUUUCUCGGCUACCUAUGUUGGUGUUGGAAUGAUCUGCCCCUAUAUCGUGAAUGUAUCUCUUCUAAUUGGAGGCGUCGUCUCGUGGGGCUUAAUGUGGCCACUCAUAAGCACGAAGAAAGGAAGUUGGUACCCUGAAUCUCUUCCAGACAGUAGUCUACAUGGACUGCAGGCUUACAAGGUGUUCAUAACCAUAGCAGUAAUUCUUGGGGAUGGCCUGUAUAACUUCCUGAAGGUGUUCGGGAAAACAAUUAUAGCUCUCAUAGAAAUGCAUAAGAAGAAAAAUUCAAAGGCACUUCCUGUCUCUGACGAUGGUACUCCUGGCGCCACCGUGGAAGCUGAGUCUUUUGAUGACAAGCGCCGCACUGAACUAUUCCUGAAGGAUCAAAUUCCCAAGACAGUUGCAUUGGGCGGUUAUGUCGUCGUUGCAGCAAUAACGAUUAUUUGCCUCCCGCUAAUCAUCCCACAGCUCAAGUGGUACUACAUUUUGGUUGCCUAUAUCGUUGCACCUGUACUGGCCUUCUGCAAUGCCUAUGGAAGUGGUCUAACAGAUUGGUCCCUGGCCAGCACAUACGGUAAGCUUGGAAUCUUUGUGUUUGGCGCGUGGGCAGGUGCUUCGCAUGGUGGUGUGCUCGUAGGACUGGCUGCCUGCGGUGUCAUGAUGAACAUUGUGGGAACAGCUUCUGACCUGAUGCAAGACUUCAAAACUGGGUAUUUGACUUUAGCCUCACCAAGGUCCAUGUUCGUGAGCCAAGUGAUAGGCACAGCCAUGGGCUGUGUUAUUUCACCCUGUGUCUUCUGGCUGUUCUACAAGUCCUUCGAUAUUGGUGCAAGUGAUAGCGCUUACCCAGCACCUUAUAGCAUUAUGUACCGUAACAUGGCGAUCCUGGGCGUCGAUGGCUUGUCCGUCCUUCCAAAGCAUUGCCUCACUCUAUGCUACAUUUUCUUUGCUGCUGCAUUCGCCACCAAUCUCAUAAAAGACCUGGUACCCAAUAAGGUGUCGAAGUUCAUCCCGAUCCCCAUGGCAGUUGCGAUCCCUUUCUACCUUGGACCGUACUUUGCCAUUGAUAUGUCCAUUGGCAGCGUAAUACUCUUUUGCUGGGAAUGGAUGAACAAAGCUGAAGCUCAGGCGUUUGCACCAGCAGUUGCAUCUGGCUUGAUGUGUGGUGAUGGGAUCUGGGCCCUGCCCCAGGCUAUUCUUUCUCUUGCGAACGUGAAUCCUCCAAUUUGCAUGAAGUUCUUGUCGAGGGCUGCCAAUGCCAAAGUGGAUGCUUUCCUCGGGAACUAGUCAUAGCUGAUCAAAAAGUGUCAGGAUGUUUUCUUUUGAUGUCGAAUUGGUAGCUAGUCU